CUCCCUUUCUCCCUCAGUGGGCCACAUUUAAAUCAUUAGUAAGUCACCUGCCCACACCUACACAGCACGCACACCUCGCACACACACGCACAUACAUCCUAUCUACUAAGUGCGUGCAAGAAACGUGUGCUGCGGUGAGCAUGGGGGGUACCAAGCCCAAGGAGGACCGGGUGAUGCUGGCGGUGGAGCACGUGCAGCAGCGCCACACCUGGGACUGUGGCCUGGCCUGCGUCAACAUGGUCCUCCCGCCGGCAGCAAGGGUCAAGUUCUCCUCUCAGCUCUACGAAAUAUGUCAGGAGGAAGGCUUCGGCAAGAGUACAUGGAGCAUUGACCUUGCGUAUUUGCUUCAGAGGUUUGGCAUCAAGCACUGCUACAUGACAAUAACUUUGGGUGUCGACCCAGGAUUCUCCUCUGAAACUUUCUAUGACCAUGUCCUCCACAAAGAUGCCCAGAGAGUGACGGAACGCUUCCGGGCAGCUAAGGACCACGGGGUGGUGGUGCAGCAGGGCACUGCCUCUAUCAAUGACAUCCUUAGCCACCUGUACCAGGAAGGCCCUGUCAUCCUGCUUACCAAUGCUCACCUGCUCGUGUGUGUCAAGUGUGUGCGGGGCGCCAUGCCUCAGCUGCGCUCCUGCUUCCCCUGCACGCCACCCUACCAGGGCCACUAUGUCCUCCUCAUUGGCUUUGACAUGAAGAACAGCCACAUCUAUUAUAGGAAUCCCUCGUUUGGUAAUCGCAUCUGUACCAUAUCCUUCGCUAAGCUAGACAAGGCACGGAGGAGUUAUGGCACGGAUGAAGAUAUAAUAUUUAUUUAUAACUACCAUCCUUGUGAGUGUUUAAGCCCUAACUAGAGCAGCCAGUUCUUUAUUGGUGUUGAUUAGUAUUAAGUAAUGACCAUAGUUCAAAGAAAGGGAUUCAGGGAUCGGGAGCUGUGUUGUGUCACUAUGGUUGUGGUGAGACACCGGAAGGCCUCUCGCUUUACAUAAGAUUUGAACUUUUUCCCCUUGAUUAGUUUCUCUUGUCUCUCAAAGUUCCUCCAGUCUAAAUUGAUGAUCCUUGAACAAAAGUGUAUUAUGAGUUUGUGCUCCAAAAGUUUAGUCUCAAAAGUUAUGUACAUUGGUUAGUUUCUAUUAAGUAUUCAGAGUGAUAGAAAGGGUGAAUUCAUGCAUGAGGCAAUUUGAAAAUUCACUUGUGCAUAUUAAAACUUUGGGAUCAAGUUUGGUGCCAAUUGGUUUAUUUCAUCAAGCAGUAGUUGUAGCAAUGUCUGUGCAGCUGUCCCCUGGAGGUUGUGUAGCAGUGAUGAGGGACUGGUGCUUCACAGGGCUCAGUAACCACACUUAGUUACUGACUUACACGCCAUACCACUGACUGCCUCUGACCCAGUGUUGUGCCCGUCCUGCAUGAUUGCCACACCACCUCAUUCACUUCAUUGUUUCUUAAUAACAUGCAGUCAAAUCUCAUUAACUUGUGCUUUACUGAUUCAUAAUCAUGAACAUGAAAACUUGAGGCUCAUAUGGAAAAAAGUCAUUCCUAAAGAUUCAACUAAUUUGUGGGUUCUCAAAGGGUGACAGGAGCCAUUCUUAGCUUGGUGUUCAUGUGAUGUGGAAUCUGUGUGGAUAUUGUUUCUUUUAAAGGUUACAUUAUGACUUCCGUGGCAGUUAUUUGUGUAAAGUUGACAUUAUUGUUCUGAUGUGUAUUAACAUGCCUAUAACACUUCAUCAAGCUUUGUGGGUGUGCAUUUUGUGCUUGGCAGAAAAACAUAGAUUUGCCUCACUUGUUAAAUUAUACAUCACUAUUUCAAUAUAAAGGACACUUAAUAUUAUAUUUUACUAAAAUUACAGUAAUGGGUACAAAAUAUCAUGUGUGCUGCACUGAAUAUUGCAAUCAGGAAUGCUAGGAAAAGUGUCCCGGAGAGCCACUCUUCAUGCUGCCAGAGGUCUCUGCCAAUCUUCAGCAGGAUGAAGUAUUUUGUUCCAUUAGUUUUCUUCAGUGUGGUAAUUCACACGGGAUUGAACCCAAUUAACACAAGCUAAUGAGAUUUCACUGUACUAAUUUUUCUAGAUCUUGUAGCAGAUAAGUAGUUUAUUCAGAGAGUGCAAGCUAACACAGGCCGCCGUUGGCCCCUGAUGCAGCAGAGCAACCCUGCUCGGUGCCGCUGCUGCUGCUGCAUGCUGUGUGCUAUCUUGUCCCACUGGGAAGAGAACAGACAGUUGCAGAAAGGCAGCCUAAUUUGUUUUGUUUACUUCUAUAUAGUUUACAAGUGAGAAAAAUAUAUUUUGCAGAAAAGAGAAUCUAUGUCAUUAUAAGCAGGUAUAUUUAAGGUUACUUGCAAAGUAUGUAUUAUAAUAUUUUUUUAUAUAAUGUUCCUUUUGUGUGUGUGUAUAAUGAGUGACUAUUCUAUUUUGAAACUAACACAUGGCCAACAUUUAACUGCCAUUACACCACCAAAUACAGAAUCUUUCCUGUUAACGGUUUUCAGGAAUAGAUGAGUGAGUGUCGGCAAAGUGUAAGGUAAGAGCUGAGAGUGAAUGCUCAUUAAAUACUGCCAGAGCUCCAGUGCAUUCUGCUUCCGUGUCACACACUGCCCAGUUUGCACUAAAAAAAAAAAAAAAAAAAAAAAAAUAUAUAUAUAUAUAUAUAUAUAUAUAUAUAUAUAUAUAUAUAUAUAUAUAUAUAUAUAUAUAUAUAUAUAUAUAUAUAUAUAUAUGAACCCCAAGACUUCUGAGGUACAAAGUGUUAACCAGCGUAGGAAAGAGGAAGGACAGUCAGUGCCUGGCCAGCCACUCGCUGUGAGUGUGGUGGUGGCCAGUGUGUGUUUGUGUACAAUUACCUCAUGUCUCUUUAAUGGGGCAAGUGUCUCAUGCACUAUUUAUUUCCCCAACCUUCCUGUUGUUAUUGCGUUGCUGUCUAUUACUUUACUGGACUUGUCAUAAGUAUGUCAUGUGAUUAGGCUAACUAAUGGAUGUGCUUCCCCUAUUUUGAUAUCGUGUACAGUACUUCUUGUAUGUCCGUCUCAAUAAACAUUUGUGCUGACAACUAAAA